GGAAGAUGAUUUCGAAUUCGGCGCGUAGAAAGUUCUACGAACGUUUCGAUGACAUGCAAUGGAAUUUAAGAAAUCAAAAAAAUAUUCGGUGGUAAAUAUUUUAAAGAAUUCUAAAAAUGGAUUGAAGUGAAGUGAAAAUUUAUGUAUGGAGACAUUUUUCCGAAUGCAAGAAUGCGAGAUAUUGAUGGGUUUAUAAUAUAACUUUAUGCAUUAAAAAAUUAAUGAAUCGUCUGAGAUAGUUGAAGUUUGAGUUUUGAAAUGAUGCAAAAACUAAAUGCUCUGACAGUUUUACAAGAGUAAUUAUGAAAAUGGAACACUAUUUUUUUCGUUUCAUAAAUUAAAUUAAAAAAUACCUCGCCAUGUUUCCUACAUAUUUUCCUAUGGACACUAUCAAACGAUGCUUAGUCUGUGUUGUGUUUUUGAUAAACUGUGUGACAUUUGCUUUAAUAUGUGCGGCAAUGCUAACACAAGAGUGGACCGUGGUCAAACCGGUAAGAACCGGUCUGAAUAUCAGUAUUCGUAACACAGAACCAAUGGAUCCUGAGACCAACAGAUUUCAGGGACUCAUAUACUUUGGACUUUUCAGUGGAAAGAAAAUCUUAAACUACGGAUUCGGAAACAGAGCAUUUGACCUUAAAAUUGUUUGUGUUUCGAAGUUGAAGAGUUGCAUGUACAGCACAAAAGAUAAUUCCACCGAGAGAGUCCGAGAUCUCCAUGAAAACUUUUUCCUCAAGUCCUCCAGCGUAAAUUCAACAGAUGAACUGGAUAGCUUCAAUUACAGUUUACCCAGCUUCAGCGUCUGGAUUCUAACGGUAUCCAGUUUAUCCCUGGCUGCUAUGUUCGCUAUUACUGGGGGUGCCUUCUCAGUCAUCAAUGCCAUUCGAAAUUCCACGGAACUGGUAUUUGGAUUCGUCGGAAUUCUGAUUUGGAACGGACUUGGAGCUGUGUGCACACUGGUAUCCAUCUUCAGCUGGAUUGUACAAUACUUGACAAAAUUUCGGAAGAACGUCUUGACGAAGGAAGAGCUUGACCAGCACUGGGUGUCCGAAUACCGGUCAGCUGUGGGUUUGAGUUUCUACAUGGUGGUCAUUUCCACGCUUCUGUUUCUUCUCAAUGUUGCCACCGUGGCCAUAAUCAUCAAGCAACCGUGGGUGGACAGGAGGUUGCGCUCGGAGCUACGAAAGAAGUUAUCCACCAGGAAAUAUGUUCCCCAUUCCCCCUCCUCCAGCAUUGCCAAGAAGCCCAAAGGGGACAUCAUAUCUAUCUGAAAAGAUGGAAGUUUAACUCGUACUCCAAAACGUAUAGUGCAGUGAAAUCUGUGUAAGUUGACUACUUUAGUGGUCAACUUAAUAGAGGUUGAUUUAUGUGAUGUAGUAUUUUGUACCUGAAAAAGAGGUCAAUUUAGACAUGUGGUUAGCUUACAAGGCUGGUCAACUUUACAGGUUUUACUGUAUCGAGUUUUAUUGUUGUUAUUGCUGCGGUGGUCUUUUUCACAUUAUGUCCUACUCCUACUGGAUUCCAAAAUCAACAAUGUGAUCAGGGUGUCCCCCCCCCCCCGUUUUUCUUUACCCUCUUUCUCUUUUUUUUAUUUCAUUAAUGUUUUUAAAAAUAUUUUCAUUUAUUUAAUUCUUUUUAAUUAUUAUUACUAUUAUUAUUAUUUUAGAAGAAAUGUUCUGUGUUACGCCAAUGCCACACACACACACUAUAAAAAAUAUAUAAACAGAAUAAAAUAAAACAAAAUAAAUAAUUUAAACUAAAAACAAAUCAUUAAAUAAAUUUAAAAAAUUAAUAAUAAUAUCCCCCCCCCCCAUUUUCAUGGCUCAAUUUGCGCUUCGUAUCAAAUCUUUUGUCCUAAAAACUACACGAUCAUCUUAUCGUAAGAAGCUCUUACCCUCCCUCCACAACACGUAAGAGGAUUUUUUCCCUACAAAAGUAGUGUGAAAGUAUAUUGUGUAUGAUAGUGAGUAACAUUUUGUGAAGAAGAAAGUGAAUAACAUUUUGAAGAAAAAACUGAAUAACAUUUUGUGAAGAAAAAAAAUCUCGUGAACAACUUUAUCUGAUGUGUAUUUUUUAAAUUAUUUUUCUAAUGUAGAUCUUCUGCUUUCAUCAUAUUAAAAUUUGUGCAAUUCAUCAAACAUUCAUUUUGUAUCUAAAAAUUCUUAUA